AUGAGUAGAAUAUCAAAGAUCAACACUUCCAAGUCUUCCGAUAGACGCUUGGCUGCUGGUAAACAAGCUGCCUCAUAUCUCCAUAGUGCAUUAACGUCAUCACCAUCAUCAUCAUCAUCAUCAACAACAACAUCAUCGUCAGCUAUCAGAAAGGUAUCCCAACAUUCCAAAGCCUCAUCCGAUGAUAAGACUGUUAAAAGAAACCAUAAUGGACGGCUGUGGGAAGAUGCCAGUCUUCUCAACUGGAAUCCUAUGUAUUUCCGUUUAUUCGUUGGCAACUUGGGUGACGAUGUGACUGACCAAAUGUUACAUGAUGCCUUUGCAAAGUAUCCUACAAUGACACAAGUGAAGGUACCAACCGAUAACAGGACUGGAAAGCCUAAAGGAUUUGGGUUUGUGGAGUUUUCCACCACUGAUGAUUAUAUGAACGCAUAUAAGGAGAUGAAUGGGAAAUAUGUGGGAUUGCAUCCAAUACAACUUCUGAGAGCUACAACCAAAGUAAAGGCUUCAAAGAAGAAAAGAUAA